AUGUCUCUUGCCUGCUUGGAUAAAAGAAGGAAAGAUGUAAAGUAAGUACGUACAUGGAAAACUCUUACUUUUCUGUGUCUUGGAAAUAAUAGCCUGUGCAAAAAGUUAAAGAGACACUUCAGUUGCCCUGUCAAAUUUUUGCCUUCCCCUCCCUGCCCACCACUGGCAUGAAGACCAAGAUGGUUCAUCUUGAGGGGUUGUGGCCCUCAUAGAUUGAAAUGAUUCGCCACUCUGGAUGUGAUUGUACAUGCUGGAAGAUGCCUUGAGAGGGUUUCCCCUAAAAAAGCAGCAUGCAAAUAUUUUAAAACAAGCACUAUCUGCUAAUGUUAAAGAAUCCUUUCACAUGAUCUCAUUGUUCCAAUCGUGUGUUUUCUGAAUACUAAGGCAGGUUUUGGGUUUAAAGCUGUCACUUCAGUAAAUUUAUUAUUUUGUUGGUACAUUUAGUGGAUUUAUAACAAGCAUUUUUGCCCACCACAGACAUUACACUCCAAAUACUUAAUCACUUUGAACGAGCUGAUCCUGGAACUCACCUCCCGUUAUUUAUAGCAAAUUGUGGCUUACUGUGCAAUCAGCAAUCCUGUUAAGUCAAAGUACUUGGAUUUAAAAUGAUUAAGAUCUAUGAAAGGGCUAAAUGUCACAAAUAUGCAUUUCAUUUACAAGGCUGAAGUAACACUAUACAGUCCUUGGAUUAUUCUUUUUAUAGACCAAUUUUCUUUCUUCCUCUAAAGGCUAAUCAGAUCAAAUGUCUGCUUUUACAGUUUGUCUUCCACUGUUGUGAAGAGGACACUUGUUAUUGUACAGCUCCCAUUAAUUUUAAUGACAAGAACUGUGCAAGAGAAUGUGCUAUUUGUCAACUAGUGCAGCCAAGUUAAGUGGUAGUAUGUAUACUACCGUUAUCUUCAGUUUAAGUGUUUGACAUAAGAGCCUUUGGGACUGCAAUCCUGAACUCAGUGGGACUCACUUCUCAGUAGACAUGCACACGAUUGCAUUGCAAGUCAACCGCAUAUAUUCAGGAACCAGUAUCAAAAUACCAAUCUAGAGCAAAGCUAUCGGCCGCCCAGCCACUUUAGGAGGACUAGGAAGCAGCAUAGUAUUUCUACCUCCCCCUGUUCUUGAUUCAGAUAUUUCCCAGGCUCUCAACUAGUUCCCAGCAUGGCCUUCCAACUGUCUGGGGGCCUUUAUAUGAGCUUAAUGGGUUAGUACAGCUUCCACUCCUGGACAUUUUGCUGGUAACUAAGGGCCUUCUAGUGCUGCAUUUUCUUGGCAGCAGGCCAACAGGCAAUGCGGAUGCCAGUGCAAACAUCCCACAUAGACAUCUUGUUAGCCACUGUGGAAACAGAAUGCUAGGCUAGAUAGGGAUUUGGCCUGGUCCAACAGCAGUCUUCAUAUGACUGAAUGUUUUUAAUGGGAGAGAACCGCAACAAGUGUGUUGUGUUUUUUUAACAGCAGCAGCAACGUACCUAUGACACAGAAAAUUUGUUUUCUUCUUGCAUUGCAAGCAUUAGGCCCAUCGGAGUUGUAAAGAAAAAUAUGCACCAGAGAUUUCUCAUAAAGAGAGUCAAGCUUCCAGCUCUGCUGUUGCAUCCUCGCCCCCAGCACAGCACCGUGCAGCAACUGAUCCACAGGAUUCGUGGGACAAGCUGUUUCCGAAAGAAGAAAAUGUCCUACCCCCUCUUCCAUCUGUGCAGUAGCCCAGCAGAACUCAUUACGGUGGCUCUCCUGCAAGCACGUUUACUUAAUGGAAUCUGGCCCUCAGUUAAUAGCUUAAUGGAAACGUCAAGUGUGUGUGGCAGUUGUAAAAAUGGCAAAUUCCUUGCUAGGGAUUAUUGGGAAUCAGAAAUAAAAAUUCCAGUGUUGUAA